GAAAGUAAAACAGUUCUUCAAACGGUAGAGCUACCGCGAUAGCCAGCCGUCUGGAUUGUCCUCUAUUUAGUCCGAGACACUAUAGGAAAGAAAAAAUAUUUGGGCAUAGUUGGUGUUCCGUUCAUUAACAUUAUGCACAUGAGAAAUGAUAUUGCUUCCUGAAUAAGAAUUUCUGCUCGGCUUUGUCUGAAUUAGCAGUUUAGCGAGUUUAGCUAACUAGCAGCUUAGCAUGAUAUGCAAACGCUUGGCUGCUGUCUCUGCUCCAGUGAAGUACAGCUCUGAGGGAUAAAGAGGUGUGUGCAGCGCUGGUGGCAUCGCUCUCAGUGCAGUAGGACAACGUUAUUAAUUCAGUGCUAAGCGUGGUGCUGUAUAGCAAGCUAGCUAAGCUACUUUGUAGGACUCUCGGGGUGUAAAUAAUAGCAGUUGGAACUAGCAACAGUUUGAUGAAUUGCUGCAGAAGAUAUCGGUUUGCCGAGAGACAAUCUAUAACUAAUCGGUCAUGAAAGAAUGAGUGAUUUCCAGACUGAGAAAAGACUGAAACUGGAAGAGAAGUGUCACUCUGAGAGUUUCUCUAGCAGAAGUGUAGAAGAAGCUACUGGAUCACAGAGAGGCAGUUUGUUCACCAAUGUGCUGACGCCAAAUAUGGAAGAAACUGGGGAAGUAAACAGCAAUAUCAGUGGCGGCAUGAAGGUUGAAGACAUAAAAAGUGAUGGUCAUAAAUCAUUCGAGUGCAACCAGAAGGAUGUUUGUCAGUCGAGAGAAAAUGACAAAGGUUUUGAUGCGACACUAGGACGGAGAGAUCCAGGCGACCAAAAAAUAGAGGAAACUCCAGCAAGUACUAAUUCCAACACUGAGGUGACUUAUGGACUGAGUUCUCCAAAUAGCAGUGUCGGUGAUAAUGCAGUUAUCAAGACAAAGCCCACCAUUGAAGAGACCGCUCUGGUAUCGAAUGCAUCAGGUGCGAAUCUUAGCAAAGUAGCAAGCGUGUCUACCGAAAAGACAAAGUUGGAUCUCAGUUUAUCUCAGAGCACUAGUGCUGAUGUAGAAAUGCUGAGCCCAGAGAGCCCAACCUGCAAAUCCUUGCUGUAUAACAGCUCAGGAGAAAGUCACAAUCCCGACACAGAAUCUCAGGCACCUGGUGCUCAAUCCUUGUGCUCUCCUGUAGAGUCCACUAACAUCAUUGACUCCAAAGCUGGACCUGGAACUAUCGGUGAUGCUGAAGUGACAGCCAUGGAAACGGAUAAUUCCGACAUGCACGUCUCUACUGGAAAUUCAUCGAUGGCAACUGAAGACUCCAGUGGCAACCAGGCACAGACAAGGGAGCCAGUGCUGGUGACUUUGCCACACGUUGAGAGGAAGUGGUUGGGAACUCCUAUAGAGGAGCUGAGGAGGAUGCCAAUGUGUGCUCCAGUCCUACCCCCACUUAGGGCAUCAGAAAAUCACAAAGUGCUCAUCCGGACUGACCUGCUCAGAGAGGGCGAGGUCCCGGUUCCAUAUCCCAGCAAGUUCCAGGAUGCCUGGGAUGAUAUGAAUGUCAAGAUGCCCUGCUCUGAAAAGAACCUGUUUCCAGUGGAGAAUGAGGAUGGAGUGCAAAGUCGGUGGGAGCUCAUCAUUUCUGCCUUGGAAACUGCAUGCAAAAGUUCACUGGAUAUUCGGGAAGCAAUAUUGACUUACAACACAACACAUGCAAAGAGAUGGGAUUUCACAGCUCUAAAUGUUCUCUGCACUGAGGGCCUGGAGUACACAGAGGCACAGUAUCUGUUUGAUGUUAUGCUGCCAAAUAUGGUAAAAUUAGCCCUAAAUGCACCCAAGAUUUGUACCCAGCCAAUCCCCCUGCUUAAGCAGAACAUGAAUCAGUCCCUGACUAUGUCUCAGGAACAAAUUGCCUGCCUGCUGGCCAACGCCUUUUUCUGUACGUUCCCCCGGCGCAACUCGCGCAAGUCUGAGUACUACAACUACCCUGAGAUUAAUUUCUACAGAUUGUUUGAGGGAUCCGCCCAUCAGAAGAUUGAAAAACUCAGAACUCUUCUUUGCUAUUUCAGAAGAGUCACCACUGAAAAACCCACUGGUCUCGUGACAUUUACAAGACAAAGCCUAAACAGUUUUCCUAAAUGGGAAAGCUUGGCCACCCGGCUCACACGGCUUCAUAUCUCCUGCGAGGGGACCAUUGAGGAUCAGGGAUAUGGCAUGCUGCAGGUGGACUUUGCUAACAGGAUGGUAGGAGGAGGGGUAACAGGACUAGGGUUGGUCCAGGAGGAGAUUCGCUUUCUUAUCAACCCAGAGCUUAUUGUCUCGCGUCUCUUUACUGAGGCUUUGGAACACAACGAGUGCCUUAUCAUCACAGGCACUGAGCAGUACAGCAAGUACUCUGGCUAUGCAGACAGCUACAAAUGGAAUGCCAACCACAAAGAUGAGACACCAAGGGAUGAGUGGCAGAGAAGGUGUACAGAGAUUGUGGCAGUGGAUGCGUUGAAGUACAGACACUACAUGGAGCAAUUCCACCCUGAGAAAUUCACAAGGGAACUCAACAAGGCGUACUGUGGAUUUGUGCGGCACGGUGUAGACACCCAGAACCUCUCGGCCAUUGCCACAGGAAACUGGGGAUGUGGUGCAUUCGGGGGAGAUACACGACUUAAAGCCUUGCUGCAGCUAAUGGCAGCAGCAGAGGCCGGUAGAGAUGUGGCCUAUUUCACAUUUGGCGACUCUGCUCUCAUGAGGGACGUUCAUGAACUGCACACGUUUCUGACGGAUAAACAUGUGACAGUGGGCAAACUGUAUGGCCUCCUGAAGCAAUACCUUAAUGUGGUGGUGAAGAACAGUCACAGUCCGAGGCCUGAUGUCAGUCUUUAUGGCUUCAUCUAUGAUCAGCUCAGCUCAAAUCCUCCCCCUGAGCCCACUGCAGCCUACAAUUCACCUCCAGAUGGACAUUAAUGUUGGCCUGUCAUGAACUGACAUGCAUCCUUAGUGCUUCCUUCUUCUUUAGGAAAAGAUCUUUUAGGUGAUUUCUGACAUGUGAUGGACGUCUGUAUUCCGUUAUUGAGCACAGGAACUGUCUCAAGUCACAAUACACUAAAUGUUUGACUUAGCAACAGUACUCCUGGUUGCUGGGUCCUCGUGUUUCCCUGUUUAACAGAGACACAUUCAUAGCCAGAUCUACAGCAUGGUGUUGAACUUUUCAUUUUAAAAUUAGGUGACAAAAAUAUUAAUCUAUACUGGAGGACUAUUAGUAGGGCACUUACAGAUUCAAUUACAGAACCAUAUAGAUCACAUUGUAUGCAUGAAAACUCUUUAAAUACGCUAGGAAUCACUAUCACACUUGAUUAUUAAAAAGUAUAAAAUCAUCUUUUUUGAGUCCAGAAAAGUAUUAUUAUAAUUGAGUUUUCAAUAUAUGUUAAAUUUUACACAAUAAUGGAAAUUCUGUAACUGUUCAGUGAAAGAAUUUGUAUUUGCAGUAUAAAGGUAGGUUGCGAUAUUGACUUGAUCAGCUUGGCAUGUACUUCUUAACAAUUUAUUAAGAUUUCUAUGCUCAAGCGUUUUUUUUUUUUUCUCUUCUUUUCUUGAUUCACAACUACUAUUUAAAGGUAGUGAAUUAUUUUCAGUUGUAUUCUAUUUUAUUAUUGCUGAUUAAAUGGGUUGAACUAAACACCUUUCAAUUAA